AAACCGAGUUUUGCCGUAACUGAAAGUUCCCCAGUUGAUCUCAGCACAUCAACACGUCUUCUGCACUUGGAGAAGACACACACUGUCACACACAAUCACACACCCACAAAACACACACACAAUCAAUCAAUCAAUCAAUCAAAUGGGUGUGGAUUACUACAACAUCCUCAAAGUGAAUCGCAAUGCCACCGUGGAUGACCUCAAGAAAGCUUACCGCCGACUAGCAAUGAUCUGGCACCCCGACAAGAACCCCACCCAUCAGCGCACCGAAGCCGAGGCCAAAUUCAAGAACAUCUCCGAAGCUUACGAUGUUCUCAGUGACCCCCAGAAGCGUCAGAUCUAUGAUCUUUACGGUGAAGAGGCCUUGAAAUCUGGGCAGGUGCCCCCUCCUCCUCCGGCGAGCAGGGUGGGCCAUCCGGGGUCUUAUGCGAAUAAUUACUACCACCAGAAGCACCCCAAUCCUUCUUUUAGGUUUAAUCCGAGGAAUGCGGAAGAUAUUUAUGCUGAAAUGUUUUCUGGGUCGGAGGGUGGGGCUAGUGGGUCUGGUGGGGGGAGGAGUAGAGCGUAUAAUGAUGGGUUUUUCAGGGGUUCGGAGACGGAGUUUGGGAAUUCGAGUGGGGGGUCUGGAGGAGCUCAGAGGAAAGCUGCUGCUGUUGAGAAUGUGUUGCCGUGUAGCUUGGAGGAUCUUUAUAAGGGGGCUAAGAAGAAGAUGAAGAUUUCGCGGACUAUUGUUGAUGCUUCUAGGACUCGUAAUGUGGAGGAAAUUUUGACCAUUGAUAUUAAGCCUGGUUGGAAAAAAGGCACUAAAAUUACCUUCCCCGAGAAGGGCAACCAGGAGCUCGGUGUCAUAGCAGCUGAUCUUAUAUUUGUGAUAGAUGAGAAACCUCAUGCAGUCUAUACAAGGGAUGGCAAUGAUCUGAUUAUGAAUCAAGAAGUAUCAUUGGUGGAGUCUCUUACAGGUAAGAUUUUCGAGAUCACAACUCUGGACGGAAGAAUUGUUCCCAUCGCAGUGACAGAGAUCAUCAAACCUGGCCAUGAGCUUGUUGUCCGUAAUGAAGGAAUGCCAAUCUCCAAAGACCCAAGAAAGAAGGGAAAUCUGAAGAUCAAAUUUGAUGUCAAGUACCCAACAAGGCUCACCGCUGAACAAAAAUCUGAAUUAAGGAGAGUCUUAGGAGGCAGUAUGUGAUGCUUGGUUUCUGGUUACAGUUAUAUCGGACAAAGGGCAAACUACAGCUUAGCACCGAUAUCAAAUUGAAGGUUGAUACUUGUCGCUGUAUAUCCACCCUCUCUAGGGCUAAAAAGUAAAGAUUCUUUUUUCUUUUUUUUUUUCUUUUCGGAAUAGGUGGAAAGUAAUAUCAGCCUUACAUUUUGAUAUCGACAUAGACACACACAAGUACAUAAAACUUAAACUUAGUUAUAAGAGAUGGUUUAAACUUAGUUAUAAGAAAUGGUCGGGUCACCCAUGUCCGUGUAUAUAAUGGUUUUGUAAGAUCUUUGAAUUUGUUGUUGCUGUGUAUUAGCUUGGAUUUUGUUUUA